ACUUCUUCACCAUCGCAAACUUCUUUGGGCGUCAAAUCCAACAAAUCAUUGCCAAACCGAGCGUCUGAAGCUUUUGCCCUGUGUUUUCUUCUGAGAGUUUUACAGUUUGAGCUCUUACAGUUAGGGCUUUUGCUCCAUUCUGAGUUUAUUUUUAUUUAUGGUGUGGUAAGGGUCCAACAUCGUUCUUUUGGAAGAUACUACAUUUUUAAACAGAAAGCAAAGAAUCAGAGUAUUAGCUCCAGAAGGGGCCCUCCCCAUUUACGAAUGGAGAAACUGGGAUAGAAAUAAAACAAUAGGCCAGGCUCACACAGCUGAUUAAGGGCAGCAGCGGACUAAAAGCCAAAAGCUGUUUACAAAGCUUUACAGCGGACGACUGCGCAGGCGCCUAAGCACCCGCGCGCCCACCCGGGCUUUGGACCCGCCCCUCGCGGGCGAGCGCCCUCAGGCUUUCCGGCACUGGCUCCUCCCCUUCCCCAUCCUGAGGGCGGGCCCGGCGGUCCAGGAGCGUUGGAACUUGGGAAAACAGGCGCGGCGCGCGAGUGAAGGGAAAACCCGGAAAACCCUUGGCGGCUCAUGGACCGUGAGGAACUGGGUGUAAGGCGUGAGCUCCCGCUCCCGCUCCCGCUCCGCCUUCCUACUAUACCAGGCCUGGUUUUCUCUCGCACUCUAAGACGGGGAGGAGCCCCGCCUUGUAAACUCGGGAACAAGGGCGUGGGCGGGGCGGAGGGCGAGCCCGCGUGCUUAGCCCGGAUUGGUUGCUUGGAGCGGCGCGAGGUUUGGCGGGAGUUUCGGGGCUGCGCCGGCGCAGAGAGCUGCGGGCUGGGAUGGCCCCGCCAGGGCGAGUGAGGCGCGCGGGUGAGAGAAAUUCACGGAACACUGUAGGAAGAACACAUUCCACAAAAGAUAAAGCUGGCCAAAAGCACAAGCCUACUGAUGUAUUUGAUUUUCCUGAUGAUUCUGAUACCUCAAGUAUCGGCAGGCCGGGUGAAAAUGAGAAAGAUGAAGAACCCUAUGAAACCUUUGACCCUCCUUUACACAGCACUGCUAUAUAUGCUGAUGAAGAGGAAUUCUCCAAACACAGCGGGGCGUCGCUGCCCUCAAGUCUGCCAGGAAAAGAAGCGAAAAGAAGUUCAGGCACUUCUGAAACUGAAGCAAGUCAAAACGAGUCCGUAAGAAUUAGUGCAAAAAAGCCAAGAAGAAAGCUCAGGCCCAUUAGUGACGAAUCUGAAAGCACUGAAGAAGGUGAUGUAAGAAGAAAAGUUAAACCAGCAGGGAAGGUCAGUGCACAGCGACGUGAGGCUGCUUCGGCCAUCGCGGCUUCUGAGCUUUCAGAGAAACCGGCUGAAUCAGUCAUUCCUAAAAAGACAGGACCCCUUGGUGCCAAGUCCUCUGUUGAAAAAGAGACCCUGGCAGCAGCAAGUCAGCCGAAACUUCUCUUGAAUAAAAAUCUUCGUUUUUUUUGAACUCAGGAAAAGAAGAUGUUUCAUGGCAAAAGGAAGAAACCAAGAAGUGAAGCCACAGACCUGGAUACUUCCGACUGUGUACCGAUUUGGUGUUUAAAAGAAAAGAAAACCAGUGACAUCAUGGAGUUAGAUGUUGUUUUGUCUGCAUUUGAGAACAUCUUCCUAGAGUAUAAACAAAAAAUAGACUCUAGACUUUGUAAGGAAGCCAUCAACAAAUUUCAUUCCACUUUGAAAGAAGAACUCAUCAAAAUGCUUAAAGAAGUCCAGAUGUUGAAAACUCUGAAAAGGAAGAACACUAAGAUGAUUUCACAUAUCGAAAAGAAAAGGCAGCGUUUGAUUGAAGUCCAGGAUGAACUGCUUCGGUUAGAACCAGAGCUGAAACAACUACAAAUAAAGUAUGAUGAACUUAAGGAGAGAAACUCUUCCCUUAGGAAUGCAGCAUAUUUCUUGUCUAACCUAAAACAGCUUCAUCAAGAUUAUUCAGAUACUCAAGAGAAAGACCCAAAUGUCAAGGAAACGUAUGAUUCAUCCAGCCUUCCAGCUCUGCUAUUCAAAGCAAGACCCCUUUUGGGAGCUGAAAACCAUCUGCAAAAUAUCAACUAUCAGUUGGAGAAGCUCCUUGAGCAGAAAUGAGAUCAGUGUACUGAAAUGUGCACAUACAAAGAUUCGUUUCAUGCUACUGCUUGUUGCAUUCUGAAGCCACUUUUGUAAUAAAAACUAAAAAAGGGAUAUGUACUUCUCCACAAAGGAGAUUUUUUUUAUUACUAUUAGUUUUCCAAGCUAGCUAUAUGGUCUAGUCACCAAAUUUCAAUAUUCUUUGUCAUUAAAAUUAGAUGACUGGGUAGUAGUUUAAGAGACUGUAAUGAGUUUUAAAAUGUUGAUACCUAAUUGGCCCAAGACAUAUAAAAUGUUUUACCCUAUAAAUAUACAUGCAAAAUGAAGCUGGGAUGAACAUAGACUUAACUUCAGUUACUCAAAUAAGGAGAUUUCUACUGAAUUUCAGCACACUGGGGCUAAUUUUCAAUAAAAGUGUUUUACUUCAUUAAAAGAAUUAGUAGCAAAGCGAUAAAACUUAGUUGAUAUAACCAGUUUAGUAAGUUACUAUAAUUUGUUAUUAAAUGUCUUCAAGUAAUUAUAUAGCCCAGUUAUGUAAGUGUCCAUGAUUAGCUAUUCUUGUAAUACUUCUAUAAUUAGUUCGUCAGAAAUUUCAUCCACUCCAUUAUAACCAACAAAACUGCUCUCUGCAGCUUCUGCGAAUUCAGCAUCUUCGGUAGCCUCCAAAAAAUAAGUGUCAUCAAUGCCAUUAUCCCAGUGAGCAUCAGAAAAUGUACCUUUUGGCAACGCCCUAGAUGAUGGUUCAUGAGGAUUCUUGGUUUCACUGUUUGUUGCGUCAUCUGCUGGAAACUCCUCCUCUUCCUUUAGUUUCAGAGGGCGAGGGCGAGUGGAAUAGAGAAUACCAGUUAUUCAGUCAGAAAGAAUGUGUAAUAAUUUCACCACAUAUUUGAGCUACAUUGAAUUAAGGAUUUUAGUUCUUCAGUGGACACUAAAAUGAAUACUCUGGGUGAUACUGUCUCCAGUACAGUCACCACAGGAACGGGCUCAUUGUUGCUGCCUUUGAGUGGUCCAGACACUCUUGAAACUCCAAAUUUGGAAAUGCCUCCAGUUCCUGUGGUUACUUCUUUCCAGUGUGCACAGACAGGGCUAAAGCAACAGUAGACUGAUUUUUUUGUUUUAAUAAGCAGGUAGUCCUGUUGAAGGCAAACUGGAAAGUGUAUCUGCUAUCUUAACAGACUUACUUUUCUAUUUAUAAAGUAUUUUAAAAAUUAACAUGGAUUAAAAAAAUUGUAAAGAACAGUUUUGAGACAACUGUCAAAGUAUGACUGGAUUUAUGUAUAUUAUAGUACUAUAUCAAUAUUAAAUUUCCUGAACUUAAUAAUUUCACUAUAGCUAUACAAAAAUGUCCUUCUCCAGCUACAUGCUUAAAUGUUAACACUUUGAUUGCCCAUCGUGGAUCAGGUGCCCCAGAAGAAACACAACCGUCGCCCAGUUUUGGGUGACAUGGUGAUCAACGUGUUAAGGGAUGGAGAAGGGUUUUGAUGCCUGCAACUUAAUCUCAAGAGACUUGUUAUGGACUGAACGUUUAUGUCCCCCCCAACCCCGCAAUGUGAUGGUAUGGGAGGUGAGGUCUUUGAUGGGUGAUUAGAUCACGAGGGCGGAACCCUCAUGAGUGGGGUGAGUGCCCUUACAAAAGACCACAGAGCUCUCUCAUCCCUUCUACCCUGUGACGACAUCUCAGUGACCCAAGAAGCGGACCUGAGUCAGCCAGCACCUUGACCUUGGACUUCCCAGUCUCCAGAACUGUGAGAAAUUUGUCGUUUGUAAGUCACUCGGGCUAAGUAUUCUAUUAUAGCAGCCUAAAAUGCCUAAGACAAGAUUCAUCAAAAAUAAUGUGUAAUGUGUACAGCAGAGAGAGAAAACGUGUGUAGCCAAAUGCUAACAAACGGGCAAACCUAGAUAAAGGGCAUACAGGAGGGUUCCUUGUCCUGUGUCAUGUUUCUACAGGUUAAAACUUGUUUUUAAAAAUGUUUAAAAACUACAAUUGUACUAGAAAUUCUUCCUGAGCAGAAACAUAAACAUGAGUAUUUGGAUACUUUGUAAGGCAAAAAAUGAGAAACUUAACUAAAUGAGAAAUAUGUACCGAGGAGAGAAAAAUGAAGCUGGUUAAGCAGGUUAACAGUUUCCCAUGCAGCAGUAGAAAAACAUGAGAUUCAUUUAUCAGAUAUGUGCUGAGAUGGGACGAUCACAACAUAUUCCUAAGUGAAAACAAGGUACCAAACUCAGUUUAAAUGCUGUGUGGACACAUGUGGACACCAUCAGCCAUUUACUGUUGUACCAAGAACUAGUUAGUAAUGAGAAGGAAACUACAAACUGCCCUUACCUGUUUGAGAAGAAACCGGAGACAUACUUCAGCAGGUAAUGGAAAACCUAAAUCAGAAACAGUAAAGCUAUUUUAUAUAGAUACCUAAUUUUUACUUUGUGGUAAAUGCAAAAAGCAGUAACUCACAGUCAGAUUUGAAGUUUUCUGCUUUACAUACGGGGUCAUGACAUUUUUGAUACCAAACUUCUUUUUUCAGGUCAACCAAAAUCCUUUACAUUAAAAAAGAAAGAAAAAAUAUUAACUUCCUAUCCAGACUGGCUAGAAAACAAAAUUCAGCUACAUGCCAUUUAUAAGUGAUAUGCCUAAGACUUAAAGAUGGAGAGAGGUUAAAAAGUAAAAAAAUAAAAAAGAUGGAAAUAGAUAUACACCAACCAAAAUUGUUAUCAAAAAUAUCACAAAGUGGACUUUGGAGCAAAAAGUAUAUGCCAAGUUCCUCCCAGGAAGAUGUAAUUUCCAACCCGUACCCACAUCUCUGAUUCAAGAGAGCUUCAAAAUAAUAUGUGAGCAAAACUGACAUUUCAAGGAUAAAUAAAACAAAUCUUCAACCAUAAAUCAAGAUUUUAAAACAUUCUUUUGAUAACUGAUACCAAAGAAUCCAAAAAAAUUCGGGAUACAGAACAUUUGAGGAUUUAAAACAAUUAUAAAAAUUGGCUUAUAUAAAAAAUUAGGUACAGUAUGAGUCAUCAAAUUUAAAGUAUUCAUUCACACAACACAUCUCUGACAAAGCAAAUUAUUUAGAAAUGACAAAAAGAUAAAACUCAGUUUAGAAAUUAAAAACAUUUUUCUUAAUAACCAAAUGACUUAAGGAAAAAUCAUGAUGGAAAUUAGAAUAUACUUAGAACUGAGUGGACCUGAAAUUACAUAUUAAAAUAUGUGAAACAGCUAAAGUGACCUUUAGAAAUUUAGAAUCUUAAAAGCUUACUUACAAAAGAGAAUGUCUAAACCCAAGUAAGUAACUUUACUUAAAAAAUGAACAAUAGAGUAAACCCUAAUAAAUUAAAAGGCAGGAAGUAAUAAAGAACAAAAAUUUAGAAGAAUCAACGAGGCCAAAUGUAAAAACUAAAAAAGGUAAUGACAAAUGCUAUUAGAAAUUUAUUGAGAUGUAACUACAAAUGCAGAAUAUACUAAAAAUACAAGACUAUUAAUCCACUUUUUCCAAUAAUGUUGAAAAUUUUGGUAGGACAAAGUACCAGAUAAAAAUAUACCAAAUCAAUCAAACCAAACCAAACAAAUCAAAGUCACAGAAAAUCCGAACAGUCCUAUAACCACUAAAAUGUUUUCUUGAAAAUUUGAUUACUUUAAAUUUUUCCCCACAUUUCACAGAAGAGGAAACAUAAAAUAGCUAAUAUUCUGUGUGGUACUGGAACCAUACCAAGGAGGCAAAAACACUGGCAACCCAGUCUCAUUGACCCAUAAACAUUCCAAUAGUAAGACUCCCUAAAAUGCAGACUAAUGCUGCAGUUCCCAUACUACACCGAAGUGCCCCCAGGUCAGUGUAGGGUAUUUAUAUCUUCCUGGGAAACACGGUGAUACUUGCAUCUUCAAGCACCCUACAAACUACUUGCUUGUAAUUCACAGCUUCAAUAUAUCACCAUCCUUCUUCAUUUCUUUCAGUGAUGUCCUGUCUUUGUAGAGCUAGGUUUUGUGGUGGUGGCUGCAAUAAAAAGCACCAUAAACGAUUUCGCGUGAAGUGAGACAACAGUGGGAGUGGCAAUACCCAGCCUGAUCCAAGGUUGAAGAGGUUGUGUAUGCAAGGCUCAAAAGGACACACAUCCCACUAAUAAUUAUAUUUAGGAAGGGUCAAAAGGUCCAAACUUCUAGUUAUAAAUUAAGUCAUGGAGACGUAAUGUACAGUGACUGUAGUUAAUACUGUGUUGCAUAUUUGAAAACUGGUAAGAGUAAAUCUUAAAAGUUCCCAUCACAAGAAAAAAAAUUCUAACUAUGCAUCAUUGCAUGGUGAUGGAUGUAAGAUUUCUUGUGGAGAUCAUUUUGCAAUGUAUACAAAUAUAGAAUCAUCAUACCUGGCACUAGUGUGUUAUAUGUCAAUUAUACAUAAAAUAAAAACAUUUUCUUUCAGUUGA